GAACCUCGACUAGGCACAGCGCAACGUUACCAUGAACGGCUCCAUCCCGCCGACAGAUACCCAUCCCAACUAUUUUACUUCCACAACCAGCUCUAGAACAGCCUGUGACCCGGACCAACACUGCCUGACCGCAGAAUGCACGGGGGAAAGAGAGGGCUGGUGGCACCGCAGAACACUUUUUUGGAAAAUAUUGUCAGGCGGUCUAGUGAAACCAGCUUUCUCCUGGGGAAUGCGCAGAUUGUGGAGUGGCCAGUAGUGUACAGUAAUGACGGAUUCUGUAAGCUUUCAGGGUACCACAGAGCCGAAGUCAUGCAGAAGAGCAGCACUUGCAGUUUUAUGUACGGGGAGCUCACUGACAAGAAGACGAUUGAUAAGGUCAGGCGGACCUUUGAUAACUAUGAGUCCAAUUGCUUUGAAGUGCUGCUGUACAAGAAGAACAGGACCCCUGUCUGGUUGUACAUGCAGAUAGCACCCAUCCGGAAUGAGAAUGAUAAGGUUGUCCUGUUCCUCUGCACCUUCAAAGACAUCACGGUCUUCAAGCAGCCCAUCGAGGACGAGACAACCAAGGGAUGGACCAAAUUUGCACGGCUGACACGGGCGCUGACCAACAGCCGUGGCACCAUACAGCAGCUCACGCCCAUGAACAGGGCAGAGGUCUGCCACAAGCCUUCACGCCUGGCCGAGGCUCUUCAGCUGGGCUCAGACAUCUUGCCCCAGUACAAACAGGAGGCGCCCAAGACGCCCCCCCAUAUCAUCCUGCACUACUGCGCCUUCAAGACCACCUGGGACUGGAUCAUCCUCAUCCUCACCUUCUAUACAGCCAUCAUGGUGCCCUACAACGUGUCCUUCAAGACCAGGCAGAACAGCAUCGCCUGGCUGGUAGUGGACAGCGUGGUGGACGUCAUCUUCCUGGUGGACAUCGUACUCAACUUCCACACCACGUUCGUGGGGCCAGGAGGUGAGGUCAUCUCCGAUCCCAAGUUGAUCCGAAUGAACUACCUGAAGACCUGGUUCGUCAUCGACCUGCUGUCCUGCCUGCCGUAUGACAUCAUAAAUGCCUUUGAGAAUGUGAAUGAGGACUCCAUCUCGGACGCCAUUUCUGUUGGGCAUCUGCGUGAGGCAGCUAACUCGCCAAGAAACAUCACCCGAUCAGAGGACUCAGUGCUCCCGGGUCUCAGCAGUCUCUUCAGCUCUCUAAAAGUGGUGCGGUUGUUGCGUCUGGGUCGGGUCGCUCGUAAGCUGGACCACUACCUGGAGUAUGGCGCGGCAGUGCUGGUGCUUCUGGUGUGUGUGUUCGGCCUGGUGGCUCACUGGAUGGCCUGCAUCUGGUACAGCAUCGGCGACUAUGAGGUCAUCGAUGAGGCCACCAACACCAUCAAGACCGACAGCUGGCUCUACCAGUUGGCCGCCAGCAUCGGCGCACCCUACCGCUACAACGUCAAUGGCUCCGGCCAUUGGGAGGGCGGCCCGAGCAAGGACACGCUCUAUAUCUCCUCCCUCUACUUCACCAUGACCAGCCUUACGACGAUCGGCUUCGGCAACAUUGCGCCCACCACUGACGGCGAGAAGAUCUUCUCGGUGGCCAUGAUGAUGGUCGGCUCGCUCCUGUAUGCAACCAUCUUUGGGAAUGUCACCACCAUCUUCCAGCAGAUGUACACCAACACCAACCGCUACCAUGAGAUGCUCAACAAUGUGCGGGACUUUCUCAAGCUCUACCAGGUCCCAAAGGGCUUGAGCGAGAGAGUGAUGGAUUAUAUUGUGUCCACAUGGGCCAUGUCCAAAGGCAUCGACACUGAGAGGGUGCUGUCCUUCUGUCCCAAAGACAUGCGGGCAGACAUCUGUGUCCACCUGAACCGCCAGGUGUUCAACGAGCACCCUGCCUUCCGGCUGGCCAGCGACGGCUGCCUGCGCUCACUGGCGGUGGAGUUCCAGACCAUCCAUUGCGCCCCUGGGGACCUCAUCUUCCACGCCGGCGAGAGUGUGGACACCCUGUGCUUUGUGGUGUCGGGGUCACUGGAGGUCAUACAGGAUGAUGAAGUCACCGCCAUUCUGGGAAAGGGGGAUGUCUUUGGAGACGUUUUCUGGAAGGAGACAGCCCUGGCGCAUUCAUGUGCCAAUGUGCGCGCACUCACCUACUGCGACCUGCAUAUCAUCAAGAGGGAGGCACUACUGAAGGUGCUGGAGUUCUACACAGCCUUCGCCAACUCCUUCUCCCGCAACCUCAUCCUCACCUGUAACCUGCGCAAACGGGUUGUCUUCCGGAAGAUUGCUGACAUGAAGAAGGAGGAGGAGGAGCGGCGUCAACAUAAAGACGAGGUGACGCUGUCCAUCCCGGUGGACCAUCCCGUCCGGAAGCUCUUCCAGAAGUUCAAGCAGCAGAAGGAGAUACGGUCCCAGGGCCCCGUCCCCGGGCCUGCCCCCUCCGAACUAUGCCAACUGCGGUCGGAACGCCACCACCUCCACCUCCACCCGUGCUCGCUCCAGCCCCUGCAGAACGGCACGCCUGCCAACAGCGGCAGCAGCGUGGUCACCAUCUCCCAGAACACUCCCAUCCACAACUCGUUGGUCUAUGUGCACACGGGCGAGAACGGCAAAAGGCCCACCCAGGACAUGAUGGAGCUCAAGCCCAGCCUGGCUGGCGCCAGUGACCCGAACUGCCUACGGGUCCACAGCCCCACCCAGCUCAGGCCUUGCCCCGGUCGCAGCUGGGCACGGCUCAAGGUUGAAGCUCCUGCAGAGGAGAAGAAGGAUGACUGGGUGGACGUGUCGCAGGUGGAGUCUGUGGAGCUGCUCUCAGAGGACAGCAAGAGCCAGGAGGAGGGUGGCAUUGCGGGCGGGGUCGAGGCUGGGGAUGGUGAGAGCCUCCUGCACAAGACGGACUCUUGCGACAGCGGAAUAACGAAAAGCGACCUGCGAAUAGACGCUGCCGGCGAAGCGCGGAGCCCCCUGGGGGAGCCCAGCUUGGUCCUGACGGGGCCCGGUCCGCCAACCUUACACCCUGGCCAUGAGCAGGCACUCCACGCCACCCUGCAGGACGCCAAACUGGAACUCAGGGCCGACAUCCAGGUGCUGGGCGGGCGCAUGGCCGCCCUGGAGGUGCAGGUGGCUGAGAUACUGCGGCUGCUCUCUGAAAAGAGGGGACCAGGCCAGGGCCUGUCCCAGACCUCCACGCCCAAAACCAAAACCUCACGGCAGGACAUCUUCACCGUCUCUCGGCCUGCCACACCUGAGUCCGAGAGAGGCAACGCAGAACAGUUCUGA